AUAUUUAUUAUCAUUUAACUGAAUACCAGCUUGUGCAUAUGGUAUCCAGAUUACACAGAUAUCCCAAAAUGCCAGUCUUGUUUUAUAUACUAUUACUUAGCCAUUUUCCUAUAAUUGGCUAUUUAGGCUAGUUGUGGUUUUUGUUACUGCAAAUUACACAGUAACAAAGAAGUAUUCUUGGCAUCAAGUUCCACCUCUGUCACAUAUUAGAUAUGAGACCUUGAGCAAAUUGCUCUUCUUUUUUAAGGUCCAGUUUUCUCAUCUGUAAGAGAGACAAUAGUGUUGUUUUAAGGAUUAUUAAAUGAGAUAUGGCAUGCAAAGUCUUUAAAUAGUUUUAGGAACAUAGAAAGUGCUCAAUAAAUAUUAGCUGUUAUGAUUAUUACAGUACUAAGUGAACAUUUUGAAACAUAUGCUUUUUCUUUGAUACAAUUAGGUCCUUUCUGAGAUGGUAUCUGUGAUUCAGAUAUCUGGAACUUAAUGAAGCUGGUGACUCUGUGGCAAUGUGGAGAAAUCAUGACAGAAAAUGUGGUUUGUACCGGGGCUGUCAACUCCAUAAAGGAAAUUUGGGAAAAAAGAAUAAAGAAACAAAAUGAAGAUCUGAAGCGAGAGAAAGAAUUUCAACAGAAGCUAGUGCGGGUCUGGGAAGAGAGAGUUAGCUUAACUAAGCUAAGAGAAAAGGUCACCAUGGAAGAUGGAAGAGCUGUUUUGAAGAUAGAAAACGAAGAAUGGAAGACCCUCCCUUCGUCUCUACUGAAACUGAAUCAGCUACAGGAAUGGCAACUUCAUAGAACUGGUUUGUUGAAAAUUCCUGAAUUCAUUGGAAGAUUCCAGAACCUUAUCGUGUUAGAUUUAUCUCGAAAUACAAUUUCAGAGAUACCUCGAGGAAUUGGAUUGCUCACUAAACUUCAGGAAUUGAUUCUUAGCUACAACAAAAUCAAGACUGUUCCCAAGGAACUAAGUAACUGUGCCAGCUUGGAGAAACUAGAACUUGCUGUUAACAGAGAUAUCUGUGAUCUUCCACAAGAGCUCAGCAAGCUGUUAAACCUUACUCACCUUGAUUUGAGUAUGAACCAUUUCUCUACGAUCCCUCCUGCUGUGCUGGACAUGCCUGCCCUUGAGUGGCUCGACAUGGGAAGCAACAGGCUUAGACAACUUCCUGAUACUAUAGUAAGAAUGCAAAGUCUACAUACUUUAUGGCUGCAAAGGAAUGAAAUAACAUGCUUGCCAGAAACAAUCAGCACUAUGAAGAAUCUGGGUACGUUUGUUCUCAGCAACAAUAAACUGCAAGAUAUUCCAGUGUGCAUGGAGGAAAUGACAAAUCUGAGGUUUGUCAACUUCAGAGACAAUCCACUGAAAUUGCAAGUAACACUUCCUCCCAGUGAAGGCAUAGGUGAAGAAGAACGGGAACUAUUUGGUGUUCAGUUUAUGCAUGCAUACAUACAGGAGUCACGGAGAAGAGAAGGUAUGAGAUUUGUAGAUAACACAUAACACAAAUUAAAUAUUCUUUUUGGUGGAGGAGUAUGUGUACAAUUAACGUCUUUCUAUUAAUUCCUUCACAGAUCUCUCAUUCCAUCUUGCCAAAUUCUAGCCUCUUGAUCAAUGUAGGAGGGAAAAAGUAAAAUUCAAAUCAGUUCAUAGUUCUGAUAAGAGGUUGGACACAGAGGUGGUAAAGAUAUUCAAAGUCUUUCUAGUGGAGUCAGGAAACAAAUUCUUUGGCCAAGCCCUUGUGGAACAACCAAAAAGUGAAUAAAGAUGUGAUUCUUAAAGCUUCACUACCUCACUCUAUCAGUUUGUCACAUGUCAGUUUACUCUAAGAAACACUAUUUCCCAGCCCUUUUGUCUUUUUCUACAAUCCACAAACAGGAAAAACAUUUUGUCUAACCAGCAGCUAAAACGUGAGAUUUUGAUAUACAGAUUUCAACCAUAUAACCUCUGAUAAUUUAGAAUUAAAAAACUUUUUUUUUUUUUUAAACUAACGAAGGAAAGCAUUUAAAUUAAGUAAAGAUUAGGAGACAAGGACAAAGAGCAUAAUUCUGUGUUAAUAAAAAUGAAACAAUGUUGUUGUUAGGUGCCG